AUCCCCAGAAAAUAAUACGUUUCUUGCAGUCCAAACACCGCAUUGCUAUUUGUUCGAUCUCUCUUUUCUCUGCACGCAAGGCAAGCCAGAGAAGAAGAAGAAGAAGAAGGAGAAAUCCAUGGCGAUGGCUCGCAUGAGCUCUGGCCUGCAAUACCCGGAGCGCUUCUACGCGGCGGCGUCGUACGUCGGAUUCGACGGAUCUCCUCGCUCCUCCGCCAAGGCCGUCCGCUCGAAGUUCAAGCCUUUUUUCGCUCUUCUCCUCUACGCUUUGCAUCAACAGGCCACUGUAGGACCCUGUAACGUUCCAGAACCUAGUGCAUGGAAUGCCAUUGAAAGGAGCAAAUGGAGCAGCUGGAAGCAGCUUGGGGAAAUGGUUUCUGCAGAAGCAAUGCGUCUUUUUGUAAAAUUAUUGGAGGAGGAAGAUCCUGGUUGGUAUUCAAGAGCAUCAAAUUUCAUUGCAGAACCUGUAAAUGAUGCACAGAUGAACCAUAAUUCAAAACCUGAGCCGGUUGUUGAGAAUGGGAGCUCUUAUCCUGAGACAAAGACUUUUUCAGCUGAAAAUGGGAAUCCAGAUGAAUCUUUAGAAAAAGAUGCCAUUUCAGAAGGACUUGAUACUAUUGCCGUCUAUGAUCAAUGGAUAUUACCUCCUAUAUCUGGUCAACGUCCAAAGGCACGAUAUGAGCACGGAGCGGCAAUUGUACAAGACAAGAUGUAUAUAUAUGGUGGAAACCACAAUGGUCGUUACCUUAAUGAUCUACCUGUACUAGAUUUUAGAACUUGGAGCUGGUCAAGAAUUGAGGUCAAAGCUGGGUCUGACUCACCAUCUCCAGUAACAGUAGUCCCAUGUGCUGGUCAUUCCUUGAUACCUUGGGAGAAUAAGCUUCUGUCAGUUGCUGGACAUACAAAGGAUCCCUCUGAAACUAUACAGGUGAAGGCAUUUGAUCUACAGACAAGCAGUUGGUCGGCCUUAAAGACGUAUGGGAAACCACCGGUAUCACGUGGAGGUCAAUCAGUCACCCUCGUUGGAACUAGCUUGGUAAUUUUUGGAGGACAAGAUGCAAAGAGAACUCUCUUAAAUGAUCUGCAUAUUCUUGACUUAGAAACAAUGACCUGGGAUGAGAUUGAUGCUGUGGGCGUUCCUCCUUCCCCAAGGUCUGAUCAUGCCGCUGCAGUUCAUGCUGAGCGCUACCUCCUUAUCUUUGGUGGAGGUUCCCAUGCAACUUGCUUCAAUGAUCUGCAUGUCCUUGAUUUGCAAGCUAUGGAAUGGUCAAGACCCACGCAACAGGGUGACAUUCCAACUCCUAGGGCUGGACAUGCGGGUGUGACCGUUGGGGAGAAUUGGUUCAUUGUUGGAGGUGGUGACAAUAAAAGUGGAGUCUCCGAAACUGUUGUUCUUAACAUGUCUACGCUCGUGUGGUCAGUAGUAACUACUGUUCAAGGGCGUGUACCUAUUGCUAGUGAGGGCUUGAGUGUGGUCGUAGGCUCUUACAAUGGUGAAGAUAUACUUGUAUCUUUUGGAGGAUAUAAUGGACGUUACAGCAAUGAGGUUAAUGUUCUGAAACCAAGUCACAAGUCAACCUUACAAUCAAAGAUGAUAGAAACUCCUGUGCCUGAGAGUGUUUCUGCUGUGCAAAAUGCUACAAACGCUACUAGAGAUUUGGAAUCUGAGUUGGAAGCUGGCCAAGAUGGAAAGACAAGGGAAAUUGUGGACAAUGGGGACUCAGACCCCACGAGAUCCAAAGGUGAGAAAAGCAGCGAGCAUGUUUUAGCAUCCCUCAGGGCUGAGAAAGAAGAAUUGGAAUCAUCACUGAACAAGGAGAAAAUGCAGUCGUUGCAACUAAAGCAGGACUUGGCGGAAGCUGAGACUCGUAACACUGACCUGUACAAGGAGCUUCAAUCUGUCCGUGGUCAGUUAGCAGCUGAGCAAUCGAGAUGUUUCAAACUUGAGGUUAAACUUGCAGAGCUUCGACAGAAACUCCAAACAAUGGAGACUUUACAGAAGGAGCUUGAACUUCUCCAGCGACAAAAGGCAGCAUCCGAACAAGCAGCUCUGAGUGCCAAACAGAGGCAGGGUUCCAGUGGCGUGUGGGGUUGGCUUGCAGGAACACCUCCUGACCGACAAGAGGACGAUGCCUGAAAGUAUUAACCUAAAGGAAUAGCGGUUGCUAGAUAUGGCUCUCAUUUAUCCAUUUUUUUACCAAAUAUUUUUGUAUACUUAACAAAGUUCUUUUUGCUGGAUAGAAUAAGAUGAGGUUCUUAUUGGUGAGACGGGCAACCAUUUUGGGUUUCUACUUUUUGGCAUGAAUACAUUUACUGUAAUGUAGUCUUUAUUUGUUAGUGAGAUGUUUUUCUUUGAUUUGUCACCAAAAUAUAUUUGAGGUUGUAUCCAAGAUGAAUAUAUCGAGUGAGAGUAGAUAUUAUUGGUUGUAAAUGCAUUCACGGCUACAAUUUA